UUGAAUCUCCGAAAUGGUCUAUUAUUUCUUAAACUCAGGGAACUAGAAAUAGUGUGAGUUUUUUUAUCUGUGAGAAGAUUCUCCUAAAUUGCCAGCUCUUUUAUUUUGUAAUGUUUUCAAUAGAACUAUGCAACAAGGAUGCCCCUUUACCAUAGCUGUAAGAGUAAGGAUAGAAAACACUUGCAAGUAAAUUCAUUUAUGGAAGAUCACAACCAUCCUGUCAGUGAGGCAUUAUAUUGUCAUCUUCCAAGUAAGAGAAGAUUGUCAAACGAAGAAAAGAUCGAUGUGAAAGAGCUGUUGCAACUAAAAGGAAAUAAGAAACUGAUUCAACAAAAAAUUUCAAUAAAAAGUGGCAAAGUUGUUACACUAAAAAAAAAUGGGCAAACGAUACCAUCAAAAAUGACUUGGAUGAUGUUGUUGCUAUGCUGCGAAAUAGAUAUGGUAAUUUUCUGCUACUGCUAUAUAACAUCUACAUAUGUUACGUAAUUUGUGGUUUAGGAUGUGAUGUAGAAAUCAGUCAUGACAAUGAAAAAAA